UGUUUUGGAGUCACUCGACGCACGUGGCCGUCCUAGGGUUGUGGUGACUCUUGCUGCGACGGAUAAGGGAUCGGUUGUGUGUCACAACAUUCACCUGUACGACAACUCACUUCCGCCCGAAGGAGUGUAGCAUACAGGUCGUGCACAAACAUCCUGCUAUUUAUUUAUGGUAAACAGUGGUUUGAACGAUGUCAGCUGAAAUGAAGGACACGCCAGGUCGGGAUAUCCCAGCGCCCACCAGGCGGGUCACCGUCCACGAUGCUGCUCACAUGCCCCAGGAUUACUCGAGUACCCCCGGAGGGACCCUGUUCAGCACCACCCCUGGAGGAACCAGAAUCAUCUAUGACCGGAAGUUCCUCCUCCAGUGCCGGACAUCUCCUUUGGCGCGGACUCCCCCGAGCCUGCCUGACAUCCCAGGAGUCACCAGCCCCCUCAAAGCAGCUGACGUAAUAAAUACCUCAAACUGCAGUACCCAUGUCCACCACCGGGAAGGCAGCGCUGGUGAUGAUUCCCAGUUUGAAAUGGACAUUUAAAGUUCUGAACUGAUGGACAAAAAAGUAAAUCCUGCCAAUUUAAAGUAUGGCUAGCAUAUAUUUGCCCAUACUAAACUAGUGCUAUGCCAUAUAAAAAACGAUGUACUCUAAAAGGCUAAGAAUUAAGUAGGAAGGUAAAAAGUGUGGACUUUUUAAAUUUUGGAUGAGUUUGUAGGUAGGCAAGAUACUAAUGUGAUGGUGCUCAACAGUUUGUUUAAGAUGGGUAGCACGGCAUGCCUUUUUAUAAUCAAAUACUAUUUUUUUACAUGUAUGUGUUUUCAUUCUGGAGGAGGCUUUAUCAACAGACUGUUCUUAGGUUUGCUUUUGUCGUAUAAUUGUGGAAAAUCCUAACGCUGUAUUGAGUGUAUUUAGUUAUUAAUGUCAUAAUUAAUGGCCAAAACAAGAAUGAUCCAAUUUGUUACAAAUAUAGUCAGACACAUCCAAUGUGUAGAGCAGGGACCUAGCCUUUGAGUUGUUAGCCGAUGUUUCUGACAAAAUAAACAUUUGUUUUUUACCAAAAUAUUUCAUGAUGAAUAGAAAUGUAAUAAGUCAUUGUCCCUAUUCAUAAAGUGGUUGUUUUUUGUCAGAUUGUUCUCAAUUCACAAAUCAUAAACCUCUGAUCACACAAA